AUGAAUCCGAUCUUUUUCUAUGGCUACACGGCAGCCGGUAUUGGAUUUGUCGUUUCGGUAGUUUACUUGGGACUGUUUAACAUCUGCCAGCAGCGAAACUUGCGCAUUGUUUUGGAGAAUGCGACCUUUCGACAGUUUUACGAAGACCGAAGACAUCAUACGGCAGCUCAAAAGUACACCAAUCGCCAUCGAACGAAACUGAUCACACGGCGCAUGCUGCACAAAAUCAAUCAACUCUCGCCGCGGGUUCAUCUGCACAGUGAUGGGCCCCGUUGGAAGUUGAUCUACACCCCGGGUGGAGAUAUACGGGCGAUACCCCUGCCACCAUAG